AUGGGUCCCAAGCAGAAGGGCGGUGGAGGCGGUGGAGGAGGUGCUUCAAAACAGAAGGGGAAUAAUAAUGCGACAGAAGAGGUCGAAGAGACGCUGCAGGCCGUUGUCCUUGCCGACACUUUCGAGACAAGAUUCGAGCCAUUCACCUUGGACAGACCAAGAUGUCUCCUGCCCGUCGCGAAUACUCCUAUGAUUGAAUAUACGCUCGAGUUUCUCGCCAAUGCGGGUGUCCAGGAAGUAUUCCUCUACGGAGGGGCACACUCGGAUAAGCUGGAGAAAUAUAUCAAUGCUUCGCGAUGGAAAGCUCCUUCAUCGCCCUUCAAGAAAUUGUCCUUCCUCAAGUCCACCUCGACUUCGGUCGGAGAUGUCAUGCGCGACCUGGACGGCAAGCACGUUAUAACCGGCGACUUCAUCGUCGUCAGUGGGGACGUUAUCAGUAAUCUGCCUAUCGAAGGCGCUCUUGCAAAGCAUAGAGCUCGUCGCCAGGCGGACAAGAAUGCCAUCAUGACUAUGGUCCUGCGGGAAGCGGGGAGGAAUCAUCGGACCAAGGCUUCCGGCGUCUCGCCCGUGUUUGUGAUCGAUCCUACCAAGGAUCGAUGUCUGCAUUAUGAGGAGAUCAAUCCCCAUGACCGUUCGUCUUCGUCACGUCUCACCAUCGACGCCGAACUGCUUGCAUCCCAUGCCGAAAUUGACAUCCGACAUGAUUUAAUAGAUUGCAGUAUCGACAUCUGUACGCCAGAUGUCCUCAGUCUAUGGUCUGACAGUUUUGACUACCAGGCGCCCCGGAAGCAUUUCCUGUACGGCGUGCUGAAAGAUUACGAAUUAAAUGGGAAGACCAUCCACACUCAUAUCAUCAAGGACCACUAUGCAGCGAGAGUGAGGAAUCUGAAAGCUUACGACGCCGUGAGCAAGGAUAUCAUUUCGAGGUGGACAUAUCCACUCUGUCCAGACACCAAUCUACUGCCCGGACACUGCUAUGAGCUCAGAAGGGGUAGCCUGUAUCAAGAACGAGGCGUCAUAUUGGCCCGAUCCUGUAUCAUCGGACGUCGGAAUGUCAUCGGACAAGGGACCAGCAUCGGAGACAAGACCACGGUCACGAACUCGGUGCUGGGAAGAGACUGCAAAAUUGGCAAGAAUGUCGUCCUGGAUGGGGCAUAUCUCUGGGACGGGGUGGUCAUUGGAGACGGGACCGAGAUCCGUCAGGCCAUUCUGGCCGAUGGAGUAGUUGUAGGAAACCAGUGCAAGAUCGAGCCCGGUGCUCUUUUGUCAUUUGGAGUCAAAAUCGCCAGCGGAGUGACGGUUGGCCCGGGAAGGCGUAUUACGGUUUCGCCACGAGAGGACGGAACGCCCGUCGCGAAUGACGAGAAGGUCGUUGGUGAAGGCGGGCAGGGAUAUGAAUUUGUCCGCGAAGAGGAUGAAGACGAAGAUGAUGCCACUAGCAUUGCCGAGUCGGGUCUAGUUUACCAAAUGGCCCACCUCAAUCUAUCCAGCGAGUCAAUCUCGACAUUGUCCUCCGAGAUUUCCAGCGAAACCUUAGAAACCGGUAGAUCCCGAACAGAUAGCUUCGGGACUUCUCAUUCGGAUGGUGAACACGACCGCUUUGAGCAUGAUGCGUCCACCAGCAUUUAUGACAGUAUGCGGGACGGAGUUUCUUCCGACGUGGUGCAGCUGGAAUUGGUCAGUCUUCGCAUGAGCGCCAAUGCGUCGGAUCAUCAGGUCCGUCGCGCCAUAGCAUCGGCAUUUGUGAAGCGUAUACAGCACUUGAUGGAGUCCGGGAAAAGUGCUGGGGAAGCGGUCAAGGAUGUCUUUGGCCGUUACCGGGAGGUCAUAGAGCGGAGCCUCUUUGACAAGGACAAAGACGACAAAGAGGACCAAGUCGAUCUGCUGCUUCAGAUUCAACAGAAUCUGGUGCACCGUAACAAAGGGGAGACAAUCCUACUGUUCACAGCCAAGGAGCUGUACGACCUGGAGCUCGUCGAGGAGGAGGCCUACGAGCAAUGGUGGGCGGACGCGCGCUCGAGCAGCAAUGAGGAAAUGAAGAAGGUUCGCAGCCAGACGGAACAGUUUGUCGACUGGCUUGCCAAUGCCGAAGAGGAAGAGGACAGUGACGAGGAGGAGGAAGAGGAAAGCGAUGAAGAGUGA